UGUGGACGCGGCCAAUCUACGCAUGCGCGUAAGGUGGCAAUCACCUGUACUGUACACAAACGACAUAUUUUGAACGUAAGCUCAUGAAAAAACACUCCUUGAUGUGCUGUUUGAGGACAGACUUUGAUCAUAACUGACAUAAUUUUGAAAGGUCCCUCAAGAGAGAGCAGAGUAACUUCAUGUAGAUACAGACCAAACAUCCAACAGAAUUGAAAGGAGUUGUGGAUGUGAGAUGAUGUCAUCUAUCUCUUAUUAGAUGGCCCUUGUUUCAUCAAUAACUGCCACAAUGAAGGAUAAGAAAAACUCUAAACCACCCAAACACUGGACCCAGAACAUUCAGGAGUGCGCCGUACGACGGGCUGCCGAUGGUGGAAUACACUUUGCGGUGGGUGGAGGGGCUGAGAAUGGACAAUUUCCCUAUGUCCAUGAUCUUCGCACUGACAGGAUUGUGCUGGAGUCUGGAAAGCUUCAUGUGGAUGAUAUACUUUUAGAGCUGAAUAACUAUAAACUAGCAGGAUAUACUCUUUGGGAUUUAAAAUCAUUGAUCAAUCACCUUGGCGCUGAAGCACUUCGAUUUAAAACAUUGAAGGCUGGUCAAAAUCUUCCAAAGGACUUACGUCGGUACCUGACCAUGCGCAUGCCGAAGGGAUCACCAGACCAUGAUCUACAGCAAACCAUCAGGGAAAAUCUCUAUGUUCGCACAGUGCCUUGUACAACGAGACCUCCGAGGGAAGGAGAGGUGAAUGGUGUAGACUACAAGUUCCUCUCCGUAGAUGAGUUCCUGGCUCUGGAAAAGAGUGGUCACCUACUAGAAAGUGGUCUUUUUGAAGGUAACCACUACGGGACACCGAAGCCACCCCAGGAUCCACCCCCUGAAACGCCUGUCUCUACCCCUGCAGAACCAGAGCCCCAGCCCCAGCAGAACAACUCGUCCAGUAACACAACAGAACCAGCAACUACCACCAGGCAUAUCAGACCAGGUUCAAAGCCAUCUGCCCCUGGAAAACGCCAACGUAACAAGUCAACGAUAGAAGCCACCACCCUCAACCCUAAGCCUGUGGACUCGCAGCAAGAGAAGAACCUUGAGACUGUCAGGAAACUUGAAGAGGACCUCGGGCCUCUACCGACCGAGUGGGAGAUUGCUUUCACAGAGACAGGAGACAUGUACUACAUAGACCACAGAGAUGAAAGGACUCAAUGGCUGGACCCCAGGUUAGAGAAGAAGAAGAAACAUACUUCACCAGGCCCAGGCCCCCCAUCUAAAGAAGAGCUUCCAGACGGAUGGGAAAAGAUAGACGAUCCACAGUACGGCACCUAUUACAUUGACCACGUCAAUCGCAAGACCCAGUUUAACAGCCCCUCGAAAAACGGCAGCGACAGCACAGGUUCCCCAAGGGCUGCUCCCAUCCAUUCCUACAACACCCUGACCAGGAAGCAGAAUACAGAUAGUCCAGGAACUCCCCGUAGGACCACAAAUGACCCUGAUGUGACCAAACAGAACAGGACCAAUGGAUCAUUAGGACCAGAUGAACUCGCAAAUGACAUGUACAAGUUUACCAACGACCCCAACAAGUUGAUCGGACCACGAUACACCACUCACCUCUUCAAGGGCGGUCAAGGCUUCGGCUUCACCAUCAUUGGAGGGGACGACCCCAACGAGUUCCUUCAGAUCAGAAACAUACUCCCAACCGGGCCUGCUCAUGAAGACGGCAUCUUGCAAACAGGUGAUGUGUUGGUAUCUGUUAACAAGAGACUGGUUCUUGGCUGCACCCACAAAGAUGUUGUUACGAUCUUCCAAGGAAUCAAACCAGGUGAAAGGGUGGAGCUGGAAGUCUGCAGAGGAUACCCCUUACCCUUUGACCCCGCCGACCCGAAAGCCCAUAUAGUAACCUCCUAUGCCAUCGACCCCAACAAAGUAUCCAACCAGAAUGGCCUUGGGAACAAAUCUAAAUCACUGGGUAACAUUCGCAACCAGAACCAGAACAUUCCGCCUGACUACAUUCCGAACAACCUGGGACCAACGGGAGACGAUGCAGCAUCAAGGAGCAGUCACAACAGCAGCAGGGACUAUCCCUACACUCCACCCAACCAGAGGCGGGGCCACGGACCCUCCGCCAGAAGAGACACCAACCUCAGUCGAAUGCCUCAUGUCAAGUCUCUUCCGGAUCUCUCUCACAAGCUGCAGCAGCAGGGUGGGGAACCAAACACUCCUCAGAGAUCAAAGACACCUACCCCGUCCCUGAGCAGUCAUCCAGGCUACGUGCCAGGAUCCCCCAUGAUUAGUGACAGGACCAGUCUGUCGUCCAGCGAUGCAGGACCAGCAGAGAAACAUGACAUAGUGUUUGUCAAAAGCAACCAAGGAUUCGGCUUUACAGUUGCUGACAGCCCUCACGGGCAGAAGGUAAAGCAGAUACUGGCUCCACAGAGAUGUAAGACACUGAGAGAGGGUGACCUCCUGUUGGAGAUCAAUCGAGAGUCCAUCACAGACCUUCCGCACAAUCAAGUGGUCCAGAAACUCAAAGACUGCCCUCAGGGUCAAGAUACUAUCAUCAGUGUGCAGAGAGGAGGUCUGCUGAAGCCAGUCCGGGGGCUCAACAAGUUCAACAAGAACAGUCCUAAAGUGACAUUGUCCCCAGAGGAGAAGAAACGAGAGGAGGAGAGAUUUGGUGACUUGAAUGGCAGCAGGCAAGAUGAUGGAGAAGAAGAUAGAGCAAGUGUAGAUUCUGAUCAAAAAAGGAAAACUGAUAUUCUUGUAGACGAAAUGAAGAAUAAACUGAAGAAAAAACCGCCCCCUGAUGUUCAUGAUAUACACGAUAGGAAGCCGGUGAAUGGAGACAAUGAAAGAUUACAGAACAAUUUAGAUAUGGACAAUGGGUCGGACAAACACAGUAUUCAUGACCGAUCACAUCCUGACUGGGAAGUAGAGAACUUUAACAGCAAUAAAGAUCGGCACAGGGGACGCGACUGGCAUGAUCCUAAGCGGGUUCCGCACCGGACGGCAGACCGCCCUCACAGUCGAGCAGAGCUUGAUAGGCGGUCAGGCGAUAGGCUGCAUUCAGAGAACAUCCCUCGGCCGCAGAGCAGUCGACCUGACCAAGGAGGGCGCUACAUGAAUGGAGACUGGAGUGGGUCGCUGGACCGCAGGAGACCUCCAGACCCUCCCAAGAGGGGUGGUGUGGAGCCGAUGCACGUGGAGCAGGAGAGGAGAGGGAGACCCAGUGAGUCUGGGUAUAGCAGGGAUCCGAGUAGGGAUCCGAGUAGGGAGCCAUCAGAAGCAGACUGGAGCCCUGAUAUGAGGAGACAAGGACCAGGAGAUAGACAAAGACGACCACCUGAUGACAGGAGAAGACAAGAGAAUGAAAGGAGGAGUUCAUCAAGACCCAGGCAUCCAUCAUCCGGUAGCGAGCGAGAUGAUAAGUUCAUUGAAUCCACCGUGUUCCUCAAGACGAGAGAUGACGCUGGCUUUGGUUUCAGGAUCAUCGGGGGACAUGAGGAAGGGUCACAGGUAUCCAUUGGAGCUAUCACUGCAGGUGGAGUUGCUGCCCAGGAUGGUAGGUUACUGACCGGCGAUGAACUACUCUACGUGGACGGUCAGACCACUGUCGGCUCCUCUCACAAGAGGGUGGUCACCUUGAUGAUUGCGGCCGGUCGAGCUGGACGGGUCUCUUUGGGGAUCAGGAGGAGAGUGGCAGGUCUAAACCAGCCAAGUGGAGGAGGUGGAGGAGGAGGGGGGUCACGGCCAGCCUCCCGUCCCCUCAGUCCUGCUUCACCCGCUAACAGCAACAGAAGAUACCCUUAUGAUGUCAAGCUCCUUCGACGAGAGAAUGAAGGAUUUGGAUUGGUGGUGCUCUCUUCUACUCUCAAGUCUGGAUCUAAUAUUGGCCGUAUCAUAGAUGGCAGCCCGGCAGACAGGUGUCGUGACCUGGAGGUCGGUGAUCGCAUCGUCUCCAUCAACGGAAUAGACAUCCGGAGUAUGCAUCACAAAGACAUCGUCAACAUGAUCAAAGAUACAGGCACUACUGUCACACUAACCAUCGGGUCUAGAGGUGGGGAUGAUCCUCUGAGCAGAAAUCCACCACCCAAGAACGUUGGUCAUAUGGUGAACGCUCUUGCCAUGCCUGCUCAGAUCAAAGGUAGCGACGGAAGCAUGAGGUCACCUCCUGGACAACCCAUGACUAAUCAUAUUCAACCACCUCCACCAACUGAUAACAAGCCAUCAGAUCCCAUCUAUGCCAAGUCCUCAAAGUGGAAGACAGAACCUGACAGAAUACGCACCCAGCCCACCAGACCCCCAUCAGCCCCUCCCCAGAGCAUGACCUACCACGACGCCCCGCAACGCCCCAUCUCCCCACCCAUGGGCAAACCCAUGAGGGGAAUCCCCAGGCAGCAGCAGCAGCCGCCCCCGCCCAACAACCAAGAUGCCGGGUGGGGCCCCCAGCAGCACCCCAAGUCACCCCAUGCAGGGCGGAGGAGCUAUGAGCCACAGCGCACCCAUCCGUUGUCUCCCCCUCAGGACAGGAGGUAUCGAGGCCCACCGUCCAGUAAUCCUGUCUCGCCAAGGAUGGAUAGGAGAGGGUAUAGAGAACCAGGGAGACCAGCUCCACAACAGGGCAAGCAACUCAUGUAUCCACCUAAGCGCAACGAACUCCAGCCAGGUGACUAUUAUAAUGUGGACCUCAAGAAGGGGACAACAGGCUUCGGCUUUAGCAUCAGAGGAGGAAGGGAAUAUGACAACACCCCUCUCUUUGUACUCAGGAUGGCUGAUGGUGGACCUGCAGCACAAAGUAUUCUUAUGAGGGUCGGAGACGAGCUUAUAGAAAUCAAUAGUCAGAGUACAGAAGGAAUGCUACACAGUGACGCUAUUAUCGCUAUCCGUAACGGGGGAGAUACUAUCACGUUGGUGCUACGUAGGUCCUACCAAUCAGCUUCAAUGGAUCCCCGGCACAUGACGCAGACCCCGCCCCCCAUGUCUAGGAAUGCCUCGAUGGGGGUCUCCAAUUCCUCGCUCCAGAGUGAUGAGAUGCAUCGGGAUGAAGGGAUGGGUCGAGGAGGAGGAGGAGGCGGAGGUGGAAGAGGAGGGAGAGGAGGAGGUAGAGGACGAGGCAGGGAUAACUUUGAUAACUCCUGGAACUACCGUAGUCUCCCAAGAGGCUUGAAAUAUUAAAAUCCUUCUUUUCUCCCUCUCUCUUCCUCUCUCUUUUCAAUAUUCUCUAAAGUCAUUAAUAUGGAUUGUCUCAGCUACUCUGUAUUCCAUUUUUUUUUAAAGUUCAUUUAUUCACCAUUGAAUUGAAUGGAUUCAGUUUUCAAUUGUAUAGCAUAGAGGCUACCAUAAGGAAAAGUUUUUAGAUUUAUUUUUGUAUUUGAUGCUGAUGUUUUUGAUGACAACAUAGGAUGCAUGUUCAUACUAAAUCUUACAUUCUUUCUAAAGCAUGCUGGAUUCAUGCUUCUUUUUAAAAUAUUCUCAGAGUUGACUAAGGGUCAAGCUAUUUUGCCAUCAAUAUGCCACUGGAUUUGCAAACUGAUGUAUGCUUUUUUGCUAAAUACAGGAAAUAUGUUGCUUCAUGAAACCAGCAACAAUUGCUCUUUUUAUUUCAUUCACUGGUAUAUGGUAUUGAUUUCAAAACAGUCCUUCAUGAAUGUAUCAUAACCGAAAAAUUGGUACUGCAAAGACUAAUGCUACAUUUUCAAGCCUUGUAUGGUUAUUCAUUAUAUAAUAAAGAUGGUGAAGAAGAACUCCCCUAAAAAUGGUAUUGGUACUUUUUAGAAGAAUGAGAAUGAAAAAAUAAAUGUAUGACAAAUUGUUUUAGCUGCCACUCAAUCACUGUGAAGAUCUGAUGUACUCUUUAUUUUUUACUUUGUUUUUAUUUAUCCAGUCACUGUAUUGUUAAUUCCAAACUUCUGUGUGGAUACAUAUUUUGUUAGAUUUCACUGUCAUCAAGGCAACUUUAAAAACAAGAUCAGUUUCAUUUCUUUUCUUAAAAAAAAAAAGGGGGGAAUUUUAAACAAUUCUUACAUGCUAUUUACACUGUGUGCUUCAGGUGAAUAAUAAAGUGUUUUUUUCAUAGACAGUAAUCACGCAAUAACAACAUCUUAUUUAAUAGUUUAUGGUGAAGAAAUAUUUAACAUAUUUUUAGGUAAAAUAAGACAUCUUGCAACGAGGUGGGAUAGAUUUGAACAAUUGAUUUGAAUAAGUUAGUUGCUAAGGUAGGCCUGCAUUUCCCUGUCGGUGAAUCUACUGCUAUGUCAUGCUACAUUUGUGUUUAUUUCUUGUCUGUAUUUUGCGUUUUUUCAGAUGAAUAAGUUUUUUUGUUUGUGGCGACUCCCAGUUGUUUCAUUGCUCAGUAAUCUCAUCAGUAUUUAUGGUUACGGUAGUUUCUCCAUUCUUUUCAAUGCAUUCAUGUAGUGCCAAUUAUUUCCUGAAUAAGAUAACAUAUAUGUCUAUUUUGCACUUGAUCAAUUUGUCUUAGGUUAUAUAAUUACUUUUAAGUGCACUCAUGAAUAUAUAUCAUAUGUAGCCGAGUCGCUGCUCUCGAACCCAUAAUUGGCUCAGAACUCUUCAUAGUAUGCCACUGAGAGUGAAUGUAUUAAUUUGAUGCUAUUAUUUGUGAGAUACAGUGCCUUGAGAUUCAUGUACCAACAUUGCACUUCAUCACAACCAAGCUGGUAUGAAAUGAUAUAUCAUGGCAUCUCAAUAAGAAUACAAGUUGUGUAUUUACCCUGGCCUGUAUUGACUUGAAUAUUGAGGUGACAAUGAAUUUCAAAGCUCGGUCUACAGUCCAGUCAAAUGAAGCAACUUGCACCAAACUGUUAAUUUAUUCUUCGCGAUAUCUGGCUGAUAAACCAAACUUAAACCCAGCUUUGGGUGAUCUUUCAUGGUAGAAAACAAGCUCCUGAUGAGACUAAGCCUUGAAUAUUAACAUGCCUUGCACAGUCUUAAAAAUGUGGCCAAAUCUUCCUACUACUGCCAAACGUAAAGCCGUACAGUAUACAGUCAACAACUAAAUUAUUCUUACCCUCACCAACUUUUUGUGAUUUUUCAAGUAUGUGAACAAAUGAUACGUCCUGAUGUAUGGUUCUUGAGAAUAGUGCUGUAGUCAAACGUUUAACCGUCCGGUAUCCGACCGCCCAUGGCGGAU